AUGGCGGGAGCGCUCGAGCACGUGGCCGCGCUCGAAGGACACAGCGAACGCGCGUGGUACGUCGCGUGGCGCUUCGACGGCAAGUUACUGGCGUCGUGCAGCGGCGACCGGACCGUCCGUCUCUGGGCCGCCAAUAGCACUGGCGCUUGGACGUGCGCGGGCAUUCUGGAAGAUGCCCAGGGGCGCACGAUACGAGCGUGCGAGUGGUCACCCAAUGGUCGCUACUUGGCCUCUGUGAGCUUCGAUGCAACGACUGUGAUCUGGGAGAAACGGGAGAGCUCGUACGAGGUCGUGGCGAGUCUUGAAGGCCACGAGAGCGAGGUCAAGAGCGUGGCCUGGAGUCCGUCGGGAAGUUACAUUGCUACGUGCAGUCGCGACAAGAGUAUCUGGAUCUGGGAGGCCGAUGCCGACACGGACUUUGAGUGUAUCUCUGUGCUUCAUGGACACACGCAGGACGUCAAAUUUGUGACGUGGCACCCGACACAAGACCUCCUUGUGUCGACGAGCUAUGAUAAUACAAUUCGUGUGUGGGCUGAGAAUGAAGAUGAUUGGUACUGCAAAGAGACGCUAACUGGCCACGAGGCGACGGUGUGGGGAGUUGCGUUCAACGCGGAGGGUACCGAAAUGGCGUCGGUCUCCGAUGACAACGACGUCAUGCUUUGGCACUAUGACCACAACAGUAAGGAAAUGGACGAGGACGGAAGCUCGAAGCAGUGGCAACGAACCUCCACGCUUUCCAAUUGCCACGAGCGCACCGUCUUUAGUGUGGACUGGACCAAGCAGGGCGAUUACCUUGUUACGGGUGCUGGCGACAAUGCCAUCCGCGUGUUCCAACGCAGCCACUCGCCUAGCUGCUUCGACCUCGUACUUGAGCAGAAGCAGGCACACGCAAGCGACAUCAAUUGCGUGCGAUGGAGUCCCGAGCCAUGGCAAGUGGACGAUCGUGGCAAGAAGUCGCUUUGGCUCGCGUCUGCGGGUGACGACGCGCUCGUGCAUAUUUGGAGGUUCCACCUGCCUUAA